GUGGGCGUGAAGCAGAGAGAGCGAGAGAGAGAGAGAGAGAGAGAGAGAGAGACGCCCUCGCUUUACAAGGGGUGAACCAUUUCACUCUUCGCCACACUGUGUAACAGGCAACAGGAGAAAAAGCUGCUUGAGUGCUUCUGGAAGUUGAUGGCUAUGUGUGAUGCUCAGACCUCAACAUCGUUUUUCCAUCAGAGUUUUUAAGAUCUGCAUAUGCCAAUGGUUAUACCACACGUAGAAUGGGAUUAACUUGGUCCGGAAAAUAUAUCUCACUGUUUCUUGCUGUUCAGUUAGGUGAGUGACUCUGUCACGGUCGAUUCGUUAUGGUCUUGUUUUUAUAUUUGAGUUAACAAUGAAUAGCGAAUUGUUAAGAAUUAUAGCCAAACUAUUUGAAAUGUCAACUAUUCGAUCAUUUCAGGAAAAAAAUCUAGACUUUUUAUUGCAAGGAAUGCAUGAAAUCAGUUUAUUUUCUGGUUGCAAUGGGAUGCAUGCGAACAUAGCCACAACAAACCAAAGGCUGUCACAUUCCAGUUUUUUUUAUAUUCGUUAUAAUGAUUUUUGUAUUGUAUGCGAAUGCAUAUGUAAAUUCGAUUGGAAACGUGUAUGGGGACGUUCACACCACAUGAGGCUGGUGAGGGGAGGACGGCUAAUAAUAAUGGCUGGAAUGGGGUGAAUGGAAUGGUAUCAAACACAUGCAUUUGAUGUGCUUGAUACCAUUCCAUUGAUAACAUUCCAGCCAUUACUAGGAGCACGUCCUCCCCAAUUAAAGCGCCACCAGCCCCCUGUGUUUCGCACAAAUAGGCCAGUGUUUCGUUUCCAUUGCUUAACGCUGCCAGUGGAAGACACUGCUCCUUAGAAUCAUGUAGUGGCAAGGGAAUUCAUUAUAAAUAAUUCAUUCCAUAGCAGCCGAGACAUUGUGGGAAAAACAGAAAUGCUUUGACUUGACAUGCUUUGUGAAUGAAACAUUUUACAAAAAGACAGCAUUUAAAGGCAAUGACGCUCGUUUAAGAUAUGAGUGUCUAGCAGGUGCAUCGUUUCUUUUUUCAAACGAAAUUCAUUGGAGUAGGCUAUAUCGAACUGUCUAAUGUAUAGUAGGAUUUCGAAAAAUGUGAGAUAAUUUUUCAUUAACGAAUAUGACUAUUAGACUAUAUUUAGUCUACGAAGAUAACAUGUAUUUCACUUUGCAGAAUUUCUUUUCAAUUCAACAAAUGUAGGCAACCGCAUAGAGAUUACGUUUUAUUUAUAUCUAUGGGCUAUUUGGCCUAUUCCAUUUUGAGGCUAUAAUUAAGAUUAUAUCUAAGAAUGUAGGCUAGCCAUAUCGAUUUAUUGCAUCGUUUAGCCUAUUUGAGAUGUGGUAUCGGCUAACACACAGCAUUAACCUAGAAAACGGCAACUGGUAGGCUAUGGAUAGUCGUUUUUAUCACUUGGAUAUUACCUGGUGUUUUGUCUGUGACUGCAGGGUCGUCCGCAGAGGUCGCAUUUAGAGGGUUAUUCUACGUUGAUGUGCCGUGUUUGCUGCGGGUUGACUUGCUUUAGCUAAAUCUAUAGUGUGGGUGUGAAGGCGUGACUAAUAGUAGCAUGAAGGCUACUGUAGCUAGCAAUAUGGCUAUCUAUUGGAGCUAAGAGCUGAGUCUAUGCUGAGUGCGAGAAACACGUGUAGAGGAUUCUCUAACACACUGUCCUCAUUUCACACAUUUGGCAGAAAUGUCCCCUAAAAAUUAAAAUCGGAUAGAGGGCACAUAGAUUUCAAACCUGUUAUUGCAAAUGUAAAAGUAAUUACCACAUUUUACAAGAUAAUAUUCUUCUUAGGCUACUAAAACGAAUGAAACGACGUUGUCUUGAUAGAUGUAACGUUAGUUCUGCAUUAUAGACUGUAUUGGAUCGAAUGUUAUCGUUCUAUAAUUCGAAGGUGCCAUGUAGUUAGUUGCUGUGAACUUGCCAUCUUGCAUCAUAUAAUUUCUGACCAUAAUGAUGAUUGCAUUUCGAAGUCGAAUACAGAGACAGGGUUUGUGACAUGGCACACGGUGAACUGCUAGGUUAUAGGGUGGUUAUGUGUAAUUUUACAAUGCAAAUGAUCAAAUCAUCUUGCUCGUUGCCACAUUAUAAAUAAUUUGAAAUGCGAGCAGGUUGCUCCUCGAGACGCAGCAACAUUCAUUCUUGUCUUUCGAAUUAACGCAUUAAUUUGACCUUGCCAGAGUCUAUUACAACAUUUCGCAUAACAUAUUUGGUGACAUUGUAUUGCUUGUAGGCUACAGCCCUAUUUACUAUAGGGCAUGAUGGCAAUAAGAGUAGCCUCACAUGUUUUACUACGCUAUUUAACGAAAACGUGAUGCGUAUAUUAUCAACACAUGACCUAAACCUAAAUGCCUAUAACAGAGGUUGUGCAUUAUUCUGCAACCAAUCGACCUGGGACACCAUUGUAACAAAUGGUCAAUCGAGCGAUUAUCCUGCUUAACGAACCAGAGAUGCUCGGUGCGUCCCACCAUUGGCAAACAAAAAAUUGAGUUCGAGGGUGUAAAAAGGGUUGGAUGGAGGCGUGUACGUUUUGCAACAACCCUGUCAUUUUCACUAUUAAACGAAUUAUAAAAGAUGUAGAACGCCCCCUAAUCUUGUUGAAUAAACACAGACACAGAUAUUACUACAAUUUACAAUAGCAAAGGGUACCCCCAUCCCCGCACGCACACGCACACACACACACACACACACACACAUACACACACACACACACACACAAAAGCCAUGCAGUGAGAAACACCCCCCUUUUUCUCACUGUAGCUCAGCGGUGCAUUACCUCAUCCUCCUUUGUUGCUGUUGCACACAUUUUCGUGGCGUUCAAUGUUAUGGGCUGGGAUCUCCCAAUGCAUUCUCCAAACACUAGUGUAUGAUCAAGUGCAAGGAAGUUGUUGGAUAUAUAAAAACUAACAUUAUAUUAGGGGAAAACAUUCCGAUAUUUCUUGACAAUAAGUUAUAUGGUUCAUUGUUAACCAUUCGCAUAUAAAACAUAGUCUGGUUAACGCCUAACUCUCGAAGUCCUCCUGACUUCAGUCUUGAAUAUGUCUUUGAUGUCAAAAUGCGUUGAUAAUGAAGAGGGCUGUGCUUUUAUUGGUUGGCUCUCCUCUGUUUCUUUUUCACCCAAACACCCACAGGCACAGCCACACACAGCCCCCAGUGCUGCCCCUUCUAUUACAAUGGUUGGAAUUUCAAAUCCAAACAACCAGAGGUCUCAACCCCCGAGAAAAAAAAAAACAUUUGAGAGAACCAAUCAAACCCAUCACACAAUUUCUGAGCAAAUAUUGCAUUAACAAACGGCCUCCAGUCCUUUCCAGACCAGUGUGGUCACAUCUUUCCCUGCACUGUGAGUCAUGUCAGCCAGGCUAUAUAAAAACCAAAUAGGCUGAAUUAAGGAAAUAAAUGGUGAAUGAACAAACUGGAUAAAAUUAAAAACAAAUCACCAUGAAAAGCAACUUAACUUUAGCCUGUCAUUAUAAGACAUAGGCAUUCAAAUGGAAACAAAACGUCAUCAUCCUAAAAAAGUAAGGCUGUCAAACAAUAAAACAAAGUAAUCAAGUUAAUCACAGGAGUUGUUCAAAUUGAGCUGUAGGCAUAAUUUAAGAUUUUUUUUUAUACAAAAAGCAUUACACGAAUAUUGACGUUUUGAUUUUGUCCAAUGUAACAGUUAGUAAAAUCUGGUAAAUUGAUAAAGCAUCCUUUCUUUAACCUCAAUGUUAACUUGUUUUGACAUUGCAUUGUUUUUUGCUGUAUAGAUUAUGUAAUUUUUAUGUUUUCAGACAUUGCAAUUAAUCACGAUAAAAAAGAGUGAACUAAAAUUACAAAAGUGAAUAAAUUAUUUUUUCCCCCCCAAUUCCAGCUUAUCUGCUACAUGCGGUGAGAGCAACAGGGAAAUGUGAUACAGUAUUCAAAGGGUUCUCCAACUGCUUGCUGAGACUGGGGGAGAAUAUGGCUAACUAUCCACAGGAGCUGGACGAGAAGGAAAAUCUACAGACCAUCUGCACGUAAGUUGAAAAAUAAAAGGAAAGAAAAAUACCCAUGCAGAAUUUGAUCAACUACAAAAAGGAUCAAGCAGGCAAACCACACCCCAUAUUCCAAACAGGUUGGUGCAAAAUGGCACAAGGGCCCAGUUUAUUUGACAACUCCAUUGGAUUAGAUACAGAGUCAGGUUCAGGGGGGAGCCACACGCCAGCUAAAUAUGACAAUUUGGAGCAGUGGCUCCUUUGAAACACACAACCUAUGUGGGAAUGGAAUAUUAUAGCCCAAAAACUGUACAUGUGAUUGGACGUUAGGGAUGUGAGAAUGGGGGAUUGGCUAGCUACAGUGAGGGAAAAACGUAUUUGAUCCCCUGCUGAUUUUGUACGUUUGCCCACUGACAAAUAAAUAUUCAGUCUAUAAUUUUAAUGGUAGGUUUAUUUGAACAGUGAGAGACAGAAUAACCAAAAAAAAUAUCCAGAAAAACGCAUGUCAAAAAUGUUAUAAAUUGAUUUGCAUUUUAAUGAGGGAAAUAAGUAUUUGACCCCCUCUCAAUCAGAAAGAUUUCUGGCUCCCAGGUGUCUUUUAUACAGGUAACGAGCUGAGAUUAGGAGCACACUCUUGAAGGGAGUGCUCCUAAUCUCAGCUUGUUACCUGUAUAAAAGACACCUGUCCACAGAAGCAAUCAAUCAAUCAGAUUCCAAACUCUCCACCAUGGCCAAGACCAAAGAGCUCUCCAAUGUCAGGGACAAGAUUGUAGACCUACACAAGGCUGGAAUGUGCUACAAGACCAUCGCCAAGCAGCUUGAUGAGAAGGUGACAACAGUUGGUGCGAUUAUUCGCAAAUGGAAGAAACACAAAAGAACUGUCAAUCUCCUUCGGCCUGGGGCUCCAUGCAAGAUCUCACCUCGUGGAGUUGCAAUGAUCAUGAGAACGGUGAGGAAUCAGCCCAGAACUACACAGGAGGAUCUUGUCAAUGAUCUCAAGACAGCUGGGACCAUAGUCACCAAGAAAACAAUUGGUAACACACUACGCCGUGAAGGACUGAAAUCCUGCAGCGCCCGCAAGGUCCCCCUGCUCAAGAAAGCACAUAUACAGGCCUGUCUGAAGUUUGCCAAUGAACAUCUGAAUGAUUCAGAGGAGAACUGGGUGAAAGUGUUGUGGUCAGAUUAGACCAAAAUCGAGCUCUUUGGCAUCAACUCAACUCGCCGUGUUUGGAGGAGGAGGAAUGCUGCCUAUGACCCCAAGAACACCAUCCCCACCGUCAAACAGAGAUGGAAACAUUAUGCUUUGGGGGUGUUUUUCUGCUAAGGGGACAGGACAACUUCACCGCAUCAAAGGGACGAUGGACGGGGCCAUGUACCGUCAAAUCUUGGGUGAGAACCUCCUUCCCUCAGCCAGGGCAUUGAAAAUGGGUCGUGGAUGGGUAUUCCAGCAUGACAAUGACCCAAAACACACGGCCAAAGUAACAAAGGAGUGGCUCAAGAAGAAGCACAUUAAGGUCCUGGAGUGGCCUAGCCAGUCUCCAGACCUUAAUCCCAUAGACAAUCUGUGGAGGGAGCUGAAGGUUCGAGUUGCCAAACGUCAGCCUCGAAACCUUAAUGACUUGGAGAAGAUCUGCAAAGAGGAGUGGAACAAAAUCCCUCCUGAGAUGUGUGCAAACCUGGUGGCCAACUACAAGAAACGUCUGACCUCUGUGAUUGCCAACAAGGGUUUUGCCACCAAGUACUAAAUCAUGUUUUGCAGAGGGGUCAAAUACUUAUUUCCCUCAUUAAAAUGCAAAUCAAUUUAUAACGUUUUUGACAUGCGUUUUUCUGGAUUUUUGUUGUUGUUAUUCUGUCUCUCACUGUUCAAAUAAACCUACCAUUAAAAUUAUAGACUGAUCAUGUCUUUGUCAGUGGGCAAACGUACAAAAUCAGCAGGGGAUCAAAUACUUUUUUCCCUCACUGUAGUUCGCCGGCUCCGGGCAUAAGCAACAUAAGCGAUAAGCAACAUAAGCAGUCAAUUAGGGCCCCCCCCAAAAAAUAGUAGAAUACACUUACAAUAGUAAAAUAAACAAGGUGCAAUUUCGAAAUUUGGUUGUGCAUCAGCAGUUUUUCUCUUGUUAUGUCAGUCACUGACAGUCACUCAAUUAUCAAUUUCAGCUAACAAUUUUUGUUUGGUAAAUUGGUCUAGCCAGCUAUCUAAAAUUGUAAUAACCAUGGUCGAAUACAUACCUACCACGCAGGGCAUGUGGCCAGGGGCCCUGAAUUCCAGGAUUUUGGGCAAUAAAGCCCUUUAUCUACUUUCAGAGUCAGAUGAACUCGUUGAUAUCCUUUUUAUAUCUCUGCAUGCAGUUUAAAGGAAGUUGUAAUUUAGCGUUAGCGCAAUUGCUAACUAGCAUUAGCACAAUGAGUAGUCUAUGGUACAGUGGGGAAAAAAAGUAUUUAGUCAGCCACUAAUUGUGCAAGUUCUCCCACUUAAAAAGAUGAGAGAGGCCUGUAAUCUUCAUCAUAGGUACACGUCAACUAUGACAGACAAAUUGAGAUUUUCUUCUCCAGAAAAUCACAUUGUAGGAUUUUUUAUGAAUUUAUUUGCAAAUUAUGGUGGAAAAUAAGUAUUUGGUCACCUACAAACAAGCAAGAUUUCUGGCUCUCACUGACCUGUAACUUCUUCUUUAAGAGGCUCCUCUGUCCUCCACUCGUUACCUGUAUUAAUGGCACCUGUUUGAACUUGUUAUCAGUAUAAAAGACACCUGUCCACAACCUCAAACAGUCACACUCCAAACUCCACUAUGGCCAAGACCAAAGAGCUGUCAAAGGACACCAGAAACAAAAUUGUAGACCUGCACCAGGCUGGGAAGACUGAAUCUGCAAUAGGUAAGCAGCUUGGUUUGAAGAAAUCAACUGUGGGAGCAAUUAUUAGGAAAUGGAAGACAUACAAGACCACUGAUAAUCUCCCUCGAUCUGGGGCUCCACGCAAGAUCUCACCCCGUGGGGUCAAAAUGAUCACAAGAACGGUGAGCAAAAAUCCCAGAACCACAAGGGGGGAGCUAGUGAAUGACCUGCAGAGAGCUGGGACCAAAGUAACAAAGCCUACCAUCAGUAACACACUACGCCGCCAGGGACUCAAAACCUGCAGUGCCAGACGUGUCCCCCUGCUUAAGCCAGUACAUGUCCAGGCCCGUCUGAAGUUUGCUAGAGUGCAUUUGGAUGAUCCAGAAGAGGAUUGGGAGAAUGUCAUAUGGUCAGAUGAAACCAAAAUAUAACUUUUUGGUAAAAACUCAACUCGUCGUGUUUGGAGGACAAAGAAUGCUGAGUUGCAUCCAAAGAACACCAUACCUACUGUGAAGCAUGGGGGUGGAAACAUCAUGCUUUGGGGCUGUUUUUCUGCAAAGGGACCAGGAUGACUGAUCCGUGUAAAGGAAAGAAUGAAUGGGGCCAUGUAUCGUGAGAUUUUGAGUGAAAACCUCCUUCCAUCAGCAAGGGCAUUGAAGAUGAAACAUGGCUGGGUCUUUCAGCAUGACAAUGAUCCCAAACACACCGCCCGGGCAACGAAGGAGUGGCUUCGUAAGAAGCAUUUCAAGGUCCUGGAGUGGCCUAGCCAGUCUCCAGACCUCAACCCCAUAGAAAAUCUUUGGAGGGAGUUGAAAGUCCGUGUUGCCCAGCGACAGCCCCAAAACAUCACUGCUCUAGAGGAGAUCUGCAUGGAGGAAUGGGCCAAAAUACCAGCAACAGUGUGUGAAAACCUUGUGAAGACUUACAGAAAACGUUUGACCUGUGUCAUUGCCAACAAAGGGUAUAUAACAAAGUAUUGAGAAACUUUUGUUAUUGACCAAAUACUUAUAUUCCACCAUAAUUUGCAAAUAAAUUCAUAAAAAAUCCUACAAUGUGAUUUUCUGGAAUUCUUUUUCUCAUUUUGUCUGUCAUCGUUGACGUGUACCUAUGAUGAAAAUUACAGGCCUCUCUCAUCUUUUUAAGGAGGAGAACUUGCACAAUUGGUGGCUGACUAAAUACUUUUUUCCCCCACUGUAACUGCUAGCAUGCUAGUAGUUAGCAGUUAGUGGUUAGCAUUGGCUUGCGAAACUACCUCUAACUUCCUUCAUACUGGAUGCAGAGACAUAAAAUGGUAUCCACAAGUUCAUCUGACUCUGGGGAAGUAGAUAACGGGCUUCAUUUCCAAAAUCCUGAAGUAUCCCUUUAACAUGGUAUAAGUUUUGGCAAAAUGUAUUGAACUGAGGGAAAUUAGCGUUAAAACUGCAAAAAUGUCUCUCCACCCAAUGGCAAAAUUGGCAACAAAGUCUUCUCAUGCUUUGUUGAUUUCAAAAAAGCUUUUGACUCAAUUUGGCAUAAGGGCCUUCUAUACAGAUUGAUGGAAAGUGGUGUUGGGGGAAAACAGACGACAUUAUAAAAUCCAUGUACACAAACAACAAGUGUGCGGUUAAAAUGGGCAAAAAACACAUUUCUUUCCACAGGGCCAGGGGGGUGAGACAGGGAUGCAGCUUAAGCCCCACCCUCUUCAACAUGUAUAUAUAUAUAUAUAUAUAUAUCAACGAAUUGGCGAGGGCACUAGAACAGUCUGCAGCACCCGGCCUCACCCUACUAGAAUCUGAAGUCAAAUGUCUACUGUUUGCUGAUGAUCUGGUGUUUCUGUCCCCAACCAAGGAGGGCCUAACAGCUGCACCUAGAUCUUCUGCACAGAUUCUGUCAGACCUGGGCCCUGACAGUAAAUCUCAGUAAGACGAAAAUAAUUGUGUUCCAAAAAAGGUCCAGUUGCCAAGACCACGAAUACAAAGUCCAUCUAGACACCAUUGCCCUAGAGCACAUGAAAAACUAUACAAUCCUUGGCCUAAACAUCAGCGCCACAGGUAACUUCCACAAAGCUGUGAAUGAUCUGAGCGACAAGGCAAGAAGGGCCUUCUAUGCCAUCAAAAGGAACAUACAAUUUGACAUACCAAUUAGGAUCUGGCAAAAAAUACUUGAAUCAGUUAUAGAACACAUUGCCUUUUAUGGUUGUGAGGUCUGGGGUCCGCUCACCAACCAAGAAUUCACAAAAUGGGACAAACACCAAAUUGAGACUCUGCAUGCAGAAUUCUGCAAAAAUAUCCUCUGUGUACAUUGUAAAACACCAAAUAAUGCAUGCAGUGCAGAAUUAGGCCAAUACUCGCUAAUUAUAAAAAUCCAGAAAAGAGCCGUUAAAUUCUACAACCACCUAAAAGGAAGCGAUUCCCAAACCUUCCAUAACAUUGCCUUCACCUAUAGAGAAAUGAACCCGGAGAAGAUUCCCCUAAGCAAGCUGGUCCUGGGGCUCUUUUCACAAACACAAACAGACCCCACAGAGCCCCAGGACAGCAACACAAUUAGACCCAACCAAAUCAUGAGAAAACAAAAAGAUAAUUACUUGACACAUUGGAAAGAAUUUACAAAAUAACAGAGCAAACUAGAAUGUUAUUUGGCCCUAAACAGAGAGUACACAGUGGCAGAAUACCUGACCACUGUGACUGACCCAAAAUUAAAGAAAUCUUUGACUAUGUACAGACUCAAUAAGCAUAGCCUUGCUAUUGAGAAAGGCCACCGAAGGCAGACCUGGGUCUCAAGAGAAGACAGGCUAUGUGCACACUGCCCACAAAAUGAGGUGAAAACUGAGCUGCACUUCCUAACUUCCUGACAAAUGUAUGACCAUAUUAGAGACAUACGUUUCCCUCAGAUUACACAGACCCACAAAGAAUUGGAAAACAAAUUCAAUUUUGAUAAACUACCAUAUCUAUUGGGUGAAAUACCAGUGUGCAAUCACAGCAGCAAGAUUUGUGACCUGUUGCCACAAGAAAAGGGCAACCAGUGAAGAACAAACACCAUUGUAAAUACAACCUAUAUUUAUGUUUAUUUUUUUUCCCUUUUGUACUUUAACUAUUUGCACAUCAUUACAACACUGUAUAUAUAGACAUAAUGACACUUGAAAUGUCUUUAUUCUUUUGGAACUUUUGUGAGUGUAAUGUUUACUGUUCAUUUUUUAUUGUUUAUUUCACUUUUGUUUAUUAUCUAUUUCACUUGCUUUGGCAAUGUAAACAUACGUUUCCCAUGCCAAUAAAGCCACUUAAAUUGAAUUGAAAUUGUAUUGGAUUGAGAGAGGAGUAGAGAAAUUGAAGGAGGGAGGGGUUGGAUAAAAUCACGUGACUUCAGGGAAUCUUUCUCAGAGUGUGUGGAUUACAACCAAUAUAGAUUUUGUUUGGCCUACCAGGGAGGUGUUAAUACUAGCCUAUCGACAUUAGGCCUAUAGAUUACAAUACACAAAUAUAAUUAUUAUUAUAUAGUAUUAUUAUUAUUAUGCAUUUAUUACUGGAAUUAUUUUAGGUGUUCUGUUGUUAUUAAAACAGUGUUAAAAUAAAACUAUUUAGGCUAUUCGAAUACAGCACGGACAACUGAUGAAGAGAGAGAACAGUAUUAUAACAGUAAUAUAAUAUUCUAACGCCUGUCUUGUUGCUUUUGCAUUUGAUUUGCAGAUAUUGGGAUGACUUCCACUCAUGUGCGACCACUGCGCUGGUGGAUUGCCAAGAGGGAGCAUCAGAUCUAUGGGAGAAGCUUAAAAAGGAGUCCAGAAACUUGGAGUUCAGAGGGAGCUUGUUUGAACUCUGUGGCGGGGGGAACGGGGCCUCCAAAUCCACAGUCCCUUUAGGUCUCACCAUACUUCUAACGGCACUUUCCGCCUUAGUGACUUGGCUCUCAUUUUAGCAAAUAGAAAAAUUAAAAAACAAGGCCAAAAAACAAACAAAGAAGAAGAAGAUAAAAGGGAAAAAAAGUGCUAGCUAUCGACACAAAAAAUAAAAAACAAAAGAGACGUUUGAAUUCAUUUACACCCAAAUGGAUUUAUACUUCAUCCGGGAAAGCGACCUGAUUUUGCUAGAGACAUUGGCGGGUCGUCUUCCGGGACUGGUGCACCAUAUUUGUCUGACCUGGGGUCAAUUACAUUAAAUAUUUAGCAGGUGUUGAGUUGAAAUUAUGAUGACAUUUUGAUGGAUCCUCGCCCGGUUGCAAUCGUGGAAUUACAUAGUAUUAAAGUCGACGAUUAAUUAUUUAUAUUAGUAGCCUAUAGGCCUAGACAUCUGUUAUUUCAGGUGAUUGCA